AUGCUGGACGACUAUAGUAAAGAAAGGUCUACAAAUCGAAGAGUGUCAUCAUUGGAGGCUGCGGGUGUUAAAGCCACCCCAUCACCGACUGUACGAAAGAAGGCACCUGUGCUCCCAUCACCGAUUUCAACUGCACGCACUGGUCGAUCUCAAACCAGCAGUGUCAAAACACCCAACUCAGCAACAUCGCCUGCCAUCACAUCUCGACUUGCAAAAACGCCUCCUUUGAAAAGCAGAUUAACUCCUAGUAAUAGCAAGGAUACAAAAGCAUCAAGAAAGGUUUAUAAUAGUACAGUAACGGGACGAAGUAAUAGUAGGUUAUCAAACUAUUCCUCAACCUCGUCCAUCAGAUUAACACCCACAACGAGUAAAUCAAGUCAUCAAAGCGGCACAACAGGCACAGCGUCAACGAAGCAAUCUUUGAUUGUAGAUGAAUUGAAAGUCAAGUACCAGGAAGCCCAAGCAACCAUACUAACCAAAGACGACUUACUUAAGCAGCGCGAGACUGAUUUAAAAGAUCUAAGAACGAAAUUAGAACAUGUACAGUGUCAAUUAGAGCGACAAAUCUUGGCAAACCAAAGCCGUGCCGAAGAACAGGUACUCGUGGAACAAUUAAAAGAGCAACUCUUCAACCUGAAACAAUCACAUGAAAAUGAGAAAUCUGACAUUCUACUCCACCACGAAGAGGCCGAAAGGAAAAAUCGCCAAAACUUUGAGAGUCUACGACAAAAACUGGAAAUCGAAAAAAAGGCAUUAUGCGAUACGAUGGCAGAAAAGAAUAGAAUGAUUGACAAGCUGAAUCAUGAAUUGGAUGAGAUGCGCGAUAACAUACAAGAAAUGCAUCAAGCGCAUCAAUCAAGGCUGACUGUCAUGUCAAAUCAACUCGAAGCGAGGUAUGAACAACGCAUUCAUUCUCUUUUGGAACAAAUCAAAGCAACUGAGCCUCAAAAGCAGAAGCUGACUGAGGAUGCCAAAGAAUCCCAAAGAGCAUGGGAGUUUGAGUCAGAAAAGCAAAUAAAGCAAUUGACUGAAAUGCAUAAAGCUGAAAUUCGAGAUAUCAAAUCAGAGCUUCAUGCAAAGGAUCAGGCUUUAUUGCAACGGAACAUUGACAUAAAAGUCCUGCAGGAUCAUCAGAUAACGGUCGAAACAGCAUUAGAAACUGAAAAACUGGAGUAUAGAAAUCUAGCUACAAGCUAUGAUGAAUUAGCCAAGAAAAAGGAACACGAAUACUCGGACUUGCAGCAUGAAAUGAGCGAGCUACUGCUAAAGAAUAGCGAAUUGCGAAAAAAAGUUCUGGAAUAUGAAUCCACAGAAGAAUCUUAUCUGAGGGAGAUAAAAAGACUUGGAGUCAUCAAUAGCACGAAUACUUCCGAGCUGCGAUCCAUCAUGAAAUAUCAGCAAUUGCAAGAGGAACAGAUACAAAAAGAGAUUGAUAUCGCCAAGCAUGAUUUAGAUGAAGAAUUCAAGCAGCAAUUAUCACUACAGAAAGCAACCUACAUCAAGGAAACAAGCCAAUUUCAACACAGAAUCGAUAAAUUACAGUUUGAGUUGAACGUCUGUAACGACAAGUUAAACCAAUCAAAGGAGAACCAAAACAAGAAAUCGAUAAUAUGUAAGCGUUUGGUGCACCAGCAUCAGAAGGAGCUGAAUGUGUUACAGGAGCAAUUCCAGAGUAUACUGCAAGCCAAGGAUGAUCAAAUCAACGAUCUAGUGUAUAGAGUUAAAAAAGGCAGCCAGCAUCACAGCGAACAACAAGAGACAUCAAAUGCAGGUGCCGAUGACAUGAAUAAUGAGGUUCAAUCAUUCAUCUACCUAAACUAUACUAUGUAA